AUGACGCUUAACCUUGAUAAAUUUAUAAGAACCCUAACGUGGUUCCUUGUGGUGCACUUCACCACAUUCUCCUACGCCGGGAGGUCACAUUUCGUCACAACGGAGCUAAAUAUACGCAAUGAAAUGCAAGGCUUGAAACGUCCAGAGAUCGUUUACUUUUGUCAAGCUAUAAACAGUGGUCUUGAAUACGGAUGGAGACGAGCCAAGAAGCCACCAUUGGGCCAUACCUUCCAUGUACUCUUGGAAGGUGGCCAAAAGCUAGAGGAGGAGAUUCACCGCUGCCAUUUUAGGUCUGUUCUCGGUACAGCGAACGUUGAGAUCCGUAUGACCGCGAUAGAUGCCGAGAUGUGUAAUUAUAAAAGGGCAUGUGCAGUUCAUGAGGUUACACCUGAAGGGAUAAUAUUUGAAGGUAAAGAGUGGGAUUUUGAGCAGAGGUAUCCAAGGCUGAUACCGAGGAGAUACCUUGAAGCUAAGUGGAAACCUUGGCCACGACGACACGGCACC